UGGGAACUGGUCAUUCUGCCAUGUCCCUCCGUGUUUACCUGGCAGUGGUGGUUGCUGUUCUCCAUCUGUCCCCGGUAACGUUAACCCGGGCUGGGGACAGGACAGAGGGAACUCCCGGUCCAUCUUACGUGGCCGCAGUCUACGAGCACCAGGUGAUUUUGAACCCAGAGCCGCACGUGCCUCUGUCUCGGGCCGCGGCGCUCGAGCACAUGAUGAGGAACCUGAAGGUCUAUGAGGAGCAGGCCGCGCGGGCAGCGGAACAGGGGGCUCAGAUCAUAGUAUUUCCAGAGGACGGUAUCCAUGGGUUCAACUUCAGUCGUCUGUCCAUCUCUGGUUACCUAGAGACCAUCCCUGACCCACUGACGGAGGACUGGAACCCCUGUACACAGCCUGACAGACACAAUAACACUGAGGUCCUCCAGAGUUUGAGCUGCAUGGCUCGACGUCACCAACUAUACCUGGUGGCCAACAUGCCUGACCUCCAGCCCUGCCCUCUGACCUCUCACCCCACCUGCCCCCCCGACGGGCGCUGGCAGUUCAACACAGAUGUAGUCUUCAGGUCUGAUGGUUCCCUGGUGGCUCGCUACCACAAACAAAACCUGUUCUUCGAGAAGGAAUUCGAUACCCCGCCCAGACUAGAGGUGGUGACCUUUGACACGCCGUUCGCCGGACGGUUUGGAGUGUUCACCUGCUUUGACAUCCUGUUUCACGACCCUACUGUCAGACUACUGGAGAAGGGUAUCAGACAGAUGAUCUUCCCCACGGCCUGGAUGAAUCUGCUUCCUCUACUAACAGCGGUUCAGAUCCAGAGAGCGGUCAGUCUGGGAGCUAACGUCACUCUGCUGGCGGCUAACCUCAGGCAUGACAGCAAGGCUAUGACGGGCAGCGGCAUCUUCACCCCUAGUACUUCCAUCUAUCACCACGCCUUCCACCACCCUGGGAAGCCAGAGGAGGGGAAGCUGCUGGUGUUGAGGAUACCUGUACUGGACAGUGACUGGCUGGCAACACAGAAGCAGGCAAAGAGGCAGGGGGAGACAGGAGGAAAGGGUGAGGCAAAGGGGCAGGGGGAGACAGGAGGAAAGGGUGAGGCAAAGGGGCAGGGGGAGACAGGAGGAAAGGGUGAGGCAAAGGGGCAGGGGGAGACAGGAGGAGAGGGUGAGGCAAAGGGGCAGGGGGAGACAGGAGGAAUGGGUGAGGCAAAGGGGCAGACAGGAGGAGAGGGUGAGGGUGAACCUCUCUCUGCUUCUCUUCCUACCCUCUCUCCCAAUCCCUCCCCAUCCCCCUCUCACUUCAUCUCCUCUAUGAUGUGUGACCCAUUCUCCUUCGUCCUGCUGCAUGGUUCAGAGGGCCAGCUGACUGUGUGUGACGGUCCUCUCUGCUGCCAUCUGCAGUACCGACGGUCCCCACAGGGUGGCAAUACGGAGCUCUAUGCUCUAGGGGCAUUCGCUGGCAAUCACACGGCUGAUGGACACUUCGCCCUACAGGUAUGUGCGUUGGUCCGGUGCUCGGGGUCGGAGGUCAGCUCCUGUGGAAAGGGAGUGGAGGAGGCAGAGUCUAGAGUGGACUUCCGGUUGGAGGGGAAGUUCGGAACGCGUUAUGUUUACCCGUCGUUGCUAGGUAGCGGCAUGGUUGUAGAUCGACCCGACCGGAUCGAGAAGACCACAGACGGUCGAGUGACCAUGGAACACUCAGGGAUGUCCGUCGGACUGGUGACCGCAUGUCUCUACGGCAGAGUGUACGACCAGGACUAGGGUGUGUGUGUGAGUGUGAGAGCGAGAGAGAGAGAGAAAAUAAAGUAAAUAUAUGUUCUCCAA